AUGAAUAGGUUAUUUGGAAAUAAAUCUACAACCCCCAAACCAUCACUUAACGAUGCUAUAAAAUCAAUAGAUGAAAGAGCAGGAAGUUUAGAUGUCAAACUUUCCAAAAUAAAUUCAGAAUUAUCAACAUAUCAACAAAAAAUUACACGAAUGAGAGAUGGUCCAGGAAAAUCAGCAUUAAAACAAAAAGCAUUAAAAUUAUUAAAACAACGUAAGCAAAUUGAGGGUCAGAAGGAUCAAUUAGAAAAUCAAAGUUGGAAUAUGAGUCAAGCUUCAAUGACAACUGAUAAUUUACAAAAUACAAUGGUUACAAUAACAGCAAUGAAACAAGCGAAUAAACAACUCAAAAAAACAUAUGGUAAAAUAAACAUCGACGAGUUGGAAAAUUUACAAGAUGAAAUGUUGGAUUUAAUUGAUAAAUCAAAUGAAUUACAAGAGUCAUUACUGACUAAUUAUGAAGGAGUUGAUGAUAUUUCUGAAUCGGAAUUAGAUGCCGAGUUAGAAGCUUUGGGGGAAGAAAUUGAAUUUGAAAACGAAAUGGUUGAAGGUGGAAUUAGUGCUCCUAGUUAUUUAGAAAGUGGUGAUAAACUACCUACUUUUAUAGAUGAAGAAGAAGGUCAAGAACCAAAUAAAGAAAAACAAGUAGCUAGUUAA